AUGCACGCGCACGCGCCGAUCGGCUCCCGUCAGCUCCUCCCUCGCUUGGCCUGCGCGCCCCUCGCACCGCUCCGCCUCGCGCUCGUCGCCACGGCAACCGCACGCGCGCACCCGUGCGUUGCCUGCGUCCCGGAUCUCCAUGCUUCCCCCCCCCCCCCGCUCGCCGUCGCCCGCGCCUGCUCCGGCUACUCCCGGCGUGCCCGCUACUGCGCUGCCACCGCGGCUGCAACCGCGCCGCCCCGUGCGCCUCCGCCCUCGCCUACACGCGCGCGCUCGCACAACCUCGACCACUCCCUGCUCCUCGAGCUGCUGCUUCGCCGCGCCCUGUCUGCCGUCCCGUGCAGCCCUGCCCCAGCGCCCGUCCGCACGGCCCCUCUCCGGCGCCGCCUCCCGCUGCGCCCGCGACCCUCCUCCUUGCCUCGCUCUCGCGCUCGCUGGCGCGCACCACCGCUUGCUGAGGCGCUGUUGCUUGCUGCUACUUUUCCCCACCGCCGCUGCUGGCCUCGCCUCCGGCCGCCGCCCGCCGGGCACCGCGAACCCCCCAGACCCUCGUCGCGUGCUGCUCACUGCGGCGCCCUGUCGGGCGCCCGCUGCGAGAGGUCGAGCUACGCCGGCGCGCCCAUAACCCGCAUGCCCGCUAAGGCCUCCCCAGGUCAAUGGCAAGUGGGCCCUGCCCAGAAAGUUUUUGUUAAAAAAGUUAUUAAUUAA